UUUGAAGAUGCAGUGUUCGUGGAUUGCUCUAAGUCUUUUGGUCUCGGUGGGACUAGCUAUUGGCUGUUACCUCCCGACAAGACAGGACAACUCGGCCAACUCAAAUCACAUACAGGUGAUUCAUUUGCCCGCAUCAGAAGAAAAUUUGGAGGACAGCGAUCAAGAAGUCAUAGAAAUUCAUAUUCCAUCAGACGACAGAAGAAGAAAACGAGAGGUUCAUAGUCCAGAUACCGGAGAAAGCUGCAAAACAGAUGCAGAUUGCCUAGAGGGCUGGUACUGCGACGAGCUAUUGAUCUGUCAUUCGAGCGACGUAGCCACCAGUGGAGCUGAGAAUGUUCUCCAAGGAACUUCACAUGCAACUCAGUCAGUAAUUAUUCCUAAUAUCACGUACAAAUCUUAAAAGUGAACGACUACUCACAACCAAUGGAUUAUUGAUGUGCCAGGCCGAUGGAUACGAAAGCCGAUAAUUUCAAUCUUUAACAAUGGAUGUAGUGAUUGUCGC